AUGCAUCUUUCUACUUCCUCCGCCGCUCCUGGAGUCGAAUCUUUCAUCCCUCCUACUAAAAAGUUGAAACUACUCUCGGGGAAAAAAGAGACCGUCACUCCCGCACCAAAUGUUUCCGCUAUCAUCCUCGCUGCGGACCAUGGGGAACUCAUGCGCUCCAAGAAGCCGGUCGUGCUGCACGAAUGCGCCGGUCUUCAGCUCAUCGCUCACGCUGUACGCCUCGCAUUGCAGAUCGAACCUCAUUCUAUCAUCCUUGUGACGAGGCCAGAGACUCAAGAGGCGAUCCGCACUAUCGUCGAAGAGAGCUUCCCCACUUCAGCCGCGUCCUUCACGUUUGCCCUGCAAGAAAAGACUGGCGGGUCGAGGGAGGCGGUGAGAGCGGGAUUGGCGGCUGUACCUCCUGACACGCAGCAGGUCGUGAUCCUGCCUGGCAACAUGCCGCUGCUUCGCCUCGAAAGUCUCUAG